AUGGCGUCUAAUGAUCGCCCUCGAUUCUUUUGUACCCGCCCUGAUGGGACUCUCACUCCACUGGUAGCCGUCGAUGAGCUGCCCACAAACCUCACCAUCCGUGGUGUCUCUCGCACCCUCAAUGCUGGAGAGACUCAGGGUAUGACCAGCUGCGGCCUGGCUACCCAACGUUCUGAGCCUUGGUCUGUUGACGGGGUUACCCAGUCCUCUGAAAGUGAGGCUGGGAAGGGACCUCAUCAUGAUAUGCACAGCCUUUUGCUGCAGAUCAUCACCAAUAACCACGUUCCUGAGCCCAUGCGGGUUUCUGCUCAGGCUAUCCUGUUUCAGGGAAUUGACCACCACGGCCUUACCGGCGGUGGCACUCCUGCCGGUGGACUGUCCCCAGUUGCGCCAACGUUCCAUGCCAAGAACCCCCAGAUGGGCAAUAAGCAUGCCCCAAGCUCUAAGAAGGAGUAUUGUUCCUACUGGAUCCGCCACGGCGAAUGCGAUUACUUGCAGCAAGGAUGCCUUUACAAACAUGAGAUGCCCGUCGACUUGGCCAUGAUUGAAAAACUUGGCCUGCGUGACAUUCCCCGCUGGUACCGCGAGAAGUACAACGUUGCGAGUCUUUUGCAUCCAAGCCAGGCUCGCUCUCAGCUCACCAUUGCUGAUCAGCCACCUAUGCGCGCCCUGCCAUCGCCUGCCUCUACCACUGACGAGAGCUACGCUAGCAAGGUCUCUACCAUCAAUGCAAACCCAAAGGUUAACAAGUCUCCAACUCAGUUCAACAAGUCUCCUCCCCGUGGACCAGCUAACCGUGGAGCUCCCAACGGUUUUGGCAAUCACCACCAGCAGCGUGGCGGCCGCAAUGGAGCCUCGAAUGGACAUCAUGGCAGCAACUGGAAAGGCACCUACCGCGGUGGCCGCAACCGCAACAUGGGCUAUGUUCGUCCAAGCAUUGCCGGUGAGCGUGAUGGUGAGCGCAGCGGCGAGUGUUCCCCUGGCAUGGGAUCUCCCCAACCCGCAUUCGAUUAUGGAGCUCAUGGAUUUGGCGGUAAGCAAGUUUGCACCCCGACUACCCCGGUUGUCGUUCCGGCUACCGUUCCAAUGACUGUCUCGACUACCGGCCAUGUUGGCGCUUCCAUGGCUGCCCAUCAAUCUCUGUUGGAUGACGGUAAAUCCCGCAACCGGAAUGUCUACUGGCCACUCAAUGAGCUGACUGAAUGUAAUGAAGAUAUCUUCGAGGAUGCUUCAAACAAGCCGGUUGAACACCGUCACCAUCAGCCCUUUCACCUUUACCAGCACGGUUCUACCACUUCUUCCGAUGGCGGUGUCAUGCUCCCCGCCGUGAGCUACGAUCCGUCCUUCGGCACAUUCACUCAGGCUGAGCUCCCUGCUCGAAAGCAGUCGGUUUCGAACAGCUCCCAGAGCACCGUCCAGAUCAGCUAUGGACCUUCGACUCCUCAGCUUGGAGAUCUUCAUAUCACAGACAAUCUGCCUCUCAACUCAGCUGACACCCGCGUCACUUGGGGUCCCAUUGGAGGUCCCAUUCUCAAGCGUACUUCGCCACCCACUGGGAACAUUGCGCAGUUGUUUGGACCUUACUCCAACACUCCCCACAGCAACUAG